AUGAAGCUCGCAUUCUCCACUGCAUUAUUCACCGCUCUCUUCACUGCAGCCUCUGCGACUCCAGCUACUAAACGCGACAUCUACACGCCGCCUGUCUUGUCCCCAACCACGGGUAAAACUUGGCUGGUAGAGACGACUCAAACCGUCUCUUGGGAUACAUCCAACCCUCCCGAUCUCAUCAGCAAUCGGAAUGAAAGCAGAAUCGUGCUGACCAAGGGCGGGUUUUUCUUGCCUUAUAUUUUGGCGGACCGGUUCGAUAUUUUGUUGGGAAGCAUCGAGGUUAAGGUUCCGUUGGUUGCUGAGGGGGAUGAUUAUGCCGUAGUUCUCUUUGGUGACUCGGGUAACUUUGGGAAGCAGUUUAGCAUCAAGGGUGGUCCCGCCAAUUAA